GCUUUCAUCGCGCUUGGAACUACCGUGUGCAAGUACGCCAUCCCAACUUGUGGAUCUUUAUAAGGCAUUUGAAGGAUCUUCAGGCUCAAACCAAUCAAGGCAUCCGUUCUAUGGAUAACGGUGGGCAACCCACACGAAGGCGUCGCCGCUGGCAACGGUUAGAAAAUCAACUUCAGAGAUUGAAGACCGACUACAUUAAUGGAGUCAGAGAUGUUCAGCGUUAUUGGAAUGCAGUAUCGCAUCUAGUAACUACAUUUUAG